AUGUUCCGCUCCGCCAUUGUCCGCUCCUUGAAGGCCUCCGCGCCCCGUGUCGUCAAGACCCCGGCUCCCUUCCACAUCCGCAGCUCCCCCAUUGCUGUCCCUCAAUUCACUCCCUGCUUCGCUCAGGGUGUCCGCCUCUACUCCGCCCCUGCUGGUCUCAGCAAGUCCGAGGCUGAGGGCCGCAUAGUCAACCUGCUCAAGAACUUCGACAAGGUCUCCGAUGCCAGCAAGAUUAACGGCGUUUCCCACUUCACCAACGACCUCGGUCUUGACAGCUUGGACACCGUCGAGGUUGUGAUGGCUAUUGAGGAGGAGUUCAGCAUUGAGAUCCCCGACAAGGAGGCUGACCAGAUCCACAGCGUCGAGAAGGCUGUUGAGUACAUCCUGGCCCAGCCCGAUGCCCACUAA